CUCCCUCUCAACAACCCGACUUCUUCUUCUUCCCUCCAUCAACGAUCGUCACCGCCAUUCAACGGCAGCUUCACUCCGCCACUUCAGUCACCGUUCGACUCAAUCCACCACCAGACCGUCGCUCUCCCGGCGCCUCCGGUCUCCUCCCACGUCGAAUUCAUCAGAUCUGCAGGGGGCAAGAGGCGUUCUUCUGGGCUUCAACCUGUAAGGGGCACAACCGUCGACAAGAUUGCUUCUGGGCUUCAAAAGCAAGGGGCAAGAGGCGUGCUUCUGGGCUUCAAAUACAGAGUGGAGUGGUCAUUGUUUUGGGGAAACAUAAUUAGCUGUGAAAUGGGAGAUACCAUGGAUUGCAUAGAGCCUAAGAAGAAGAUAGUAUUUGUGACUGUGGGAACAACUUGUUUUGAUGCUCUUGUUAAAGCAAUGGACACUGAAGUAGUUAAAGAAGAACUAUCUAGAAGAGGGUAUACCCACCUUCUCAUUCAAAUGGGUCGUGGCUCCUAUGUCCCCACUAAGUUUGAAGGAGGAAAUGGGUCACUAGCUGUAGACUACUUUACUUUUUCAUCAAGCAUUGCAGACCAUUUGAGGUCUGCAUCACUUGUGAUAAGUCAUGCAGGGUCAGGAAGCAUAUUUGAGACAUUGCGGCUUGGCAAACCCUUAAUUGUAGUGGUGAAUGAAGACUUAAUGGACAAUCAUCAAAGCGAAUUAGCCGAAGAACUAGCAAAUAGGAAGCAUUUAUACUAUGCUCGUCCUCAAACACUCAAUCAGAUAGUCGCAGACAUGAAUUUGGAUUCAAUAGUGCCUUACCAUCCGGGUGAUGCCACUCCUGUAGCAAAGCUUAUCAACAGGUUUCUAGGAUUUCCUGAUGAUUGACAAGAACUAUAAUAAUGUUUCAUUACUUCAAUCCACUCCGAACUAUAUCCUUGAACUAACAAGUUGGGGUGUACAUAUUUCAUUUUCUUCCUAUAACAAGUAACUUGUUUGGUAUUUUGUAAUUGGUUUAGGGUAUGGUUCUUCUCCUCGUACUAGGCCAAUAUAUCUAUGUAUUUGAAGGAGAGCAUUGACCAUUCAUAGGAGUACAGACUGUAUACUAUUUCAACACUAAUGAGAUGGUUACUUUGACUGGUUGGCUUUAAACUCUUUAAUAUUUUGGCCCCACUUGA